AUGCGACUGAAUAGCAUUGUCUUUGAUUUUGUUUCAACUAACUGUCUAAAAUUGUUGAGAUAUUCAUCUGAUGAUAUUGUUUAUUCACUAUCCGAUCAAAUAAUUGGCCGACUUUGUUCAGAAAUUCUACUUGAAAUUUAUUCAAAAGUAAAAUGGUUAAGUCUUGAAUCAUUAUCAAUGGAAGGCGUUUUUCGUUCGAUUAAUUAUCCGAAUUUAUAUCAAUUUGGUUUGUACCACAUUGAUGAAGAGUCAUUUAAACGUUCAUUUAUUGGUAAGAUAAAUUCUAUUAAUGAUAUAUUUCUAUCAUAA